AUGGCCCCAGCAAAGAAGGGAAACAAGGCUGCUCCUAAGGGUGCAUCCAAAAAUGCUUCUAAGGGUACUACUAAAACUUCUUCUAAGAAUGAGUCUAAAGUUGUACCUAAGAAUGAAUCCAAGACUGAUCCUAAAACUACAUCCAAGGACGCGUCUAAGAAAGAACCAAAAGCUGCUCUCAAGGCUACCCCCAAGGCUGAACUCAAAGCUGAACCUAAGAAUACAUCUAAAAAUGAGCCAAAAAUCAAAACCAAAAAGGCUUUUGAUGAUGACUUUGUAAUGACUAUUUCCGAUGAUGAGGAAGUUAUUGUUGCCGAAGAAAGUAGCGAUGAAGAGGGCAAGAAGGAAAUUCCUGAUGCUGACAAGGCACCCAAGAAAAAAAAUAAGAAGAACAGCAAGAAGAACGCUACCAAAGAAGAAGAGGCCGGUCCUGAAGGUUUGUCACUGGAUCCUGAAUUUGUAUUUGAUGCCGGUGAUGGAUCUACAGCUAUUGAUGAUGAGUUUGGCGGUUGGGAUUUUGAAGUCAAGGACAAGAAGAAGACCUUUUCUAAAGAUGUAGACUUGGACGAGAUUAUUCGACGCAAAGGUGGUCUAGAUAAUGCCAGUGAUAGUGAAGACGAAAAAGCUGACGAUGAAGACGAUGAUGAUCUUGCUUUGGAUGGGUUUGGUAUGGGUGCCCAGGACGACGAAGAAGAAAAUGAGGAAGAAGAAGAUGGAGAUGAGGAGUCUGAUGAAGAAGAAGCCGAGAUUCCCAAAAACCAAGAAGACACACCACAGGAAAUUGCAAAGUUUUAUGCUCCCCAAACUGAAUCUGUGCGUGCAACAUCCACUGUGCAUAAGACUUUCCAAGAGCUUUCACUUUCUCGACCUGUAUUGCGUGGUAUUGCUGCACUCAAGUUCUCCGAGCCAACCCCCAUUCAAAAUGCUGUCAUUCCCAUUGCCCUGCUUGGUAAAGACAUUGUUGCUGGUGCUGUGACCGGUUCCGGUAAAACUGCUGCCUACUUGAUUCCCAUCCUUGAGCGUCUUGCGUACCUCCCCAAGAAGGUAGCCAUGACUCGUGUUGUUGUGCUGACACCAACGCGUGAAUUGGCAGUGCAAGUUUCUGACGUUGCGACUAAGUUGUCGCAGUUCCUUGGAUCGAUUCGUGUUGGACAAGCUGUGGGUGGUUUGAACUUGAAGCAGCAGGAACAAGUUCUUAAGUCACGUCCCGAUAUUGUGGUUGCGACACCUGGUCGUUUCAUCGAUCAUGUGCGCAACUCACCAUCAUUCCAAGUUGAUGCUGUUGAAAUUCUCGUUAUCGAUGAGGCCGAUCGUAUGCUUGAGGCAGGUUUCCAAGCAGAGCUUACAGAACUGUUGAGUCUGUUACCACAAAAGCGCCAAACAUUGUUGUUUUCUGCUACAAUGAACAACUCCAUUAAAGACCUGAUUCAGCUGUCACUCAAUAAGCCUGUGCGCAUUAUGAUCAAUCCACCCAAGCAGGCGGCCGGUGGUCUUAUCCAGGAGUUUAUCCGUACUCGUAACGACAAGCUUGAGUAUAAGCCCGCAGUGCUGCUGUGGCUUCUCAAAAAGAUUCUUGACUGCCAGAGUAUCAAGCAGCGUAUUAUAGUGUUUGUUGCACGCAAAGAAGCGGCCCACAAGUUACGCAUUAUUCUGGGUCUACAAGGUGUUCACGUUGGUGAACUCCACGGUGCGCUGACACAAGAGCAACGAUUACAAUCCGUGACACGAUUCAAGAACUUGGAAGUUCCUAUUCUGUUAUGUACGGAUUUGGCAUCUCGUGGUUUGGAUAUUCCCAAAAUUGAAGUUGUCAUCAACUACGAUAUGCCGUCGACAUAUGAGGUGUACCUGCACAGAGUCGGUCGUACGGCUCGUGCUGGUCGCCAGGGUCGCAGUAUUUCGCUUGUUGGAGAAAGUAGCUCCGACCGCAGCAUUGCACGCGAGGCUAUUAAGAGCAGUAUGGGCAAUGACGACAAGCAGCCCAAAAAGAAGAAGAACAAGUUUGUGACGCGUACCAUUGAUUGGGAAUACGUGCAGCCAGUGUACGAGUCGAUGGAGAACAAGGAAGAAACAUUGACUGAGAUUUUGGAAGAGGAAAAGACGGAGAAGAUGAUGGCACAGGCCCAGCGAGAACUGACCAAGUCACAGAAUCUGUUGAAGCAUGAGGCAGAAAUCAAGAGCCGGCCUAAGCGCACGUGGUUUGAAACGCAAGCCGACAAGAUGAAGAGCAAGUAUGGAACUGGGCCAGAGGAUCAGCAAGCCAAAAAGGCUGAUGAUGCAAAGAAGCUUGUGCGUGAUCACCCUGUGUUGGGUGCACAACUCCCUAAAAAACAAAAGCGUGCUGAUACAGUGGGUGAUGGCGAGGGUGGCCGUGCAUAUAAGAAAACCAAAGUGGAACGCGAUGAAUCAAAGAAGCGGGGAGGACCUAAAAAGAACAAAAAUCAAAGCAAGCAAAAGGCCAAAAUUGCUAGAGCUAAAAAGUAUCGCAAGUAA